UAUAUGUGACCAAUCUGAGUUUAGGACGAGAUCCAACAAAUAUUAGUCUAUGACUAGAUCUGAUCAAUCAAAGUUCAAGACAAGAUUUGACCAAUUUAAGUCUCUGACUAGAUAUGCUGAAUGUAAGUCUAUGUCAAGAUGUAACGAAUCUAAGUCUAAGAAUAAAUGUGACCAAUCUAAGUCUAAGACUAAAUGUGACCAAUCUAAGUCUCAUACUAGAUUUGACCAAUCUAAGUCUAUGGCUAGAUCUGACCAAUCUAACCAUAACUGGCCAUGGCUCAGUAAUCAAGACUUAGCAGUCAACCCUAUGAUCACAACCAAGGUCAUAUUCCAGAUGACAAACCUCAUCUUGACUUGUUUGGUUUCAGGUUGUGCUGAUCCUCCAGUAGCUGCAGUUGGCCCGCAUGUGUCUCCCAUGACUUGUCUUUGAAGAACCAGUGGUGCUGGUCCCAGACGGGAUGCCGCAGACAGCCAGUCGCUAUGACUGUGUUAGAGUUGUGGCUGUCACGCUCCAUCCCCAUGUGCCUGCUCCUCCACAGCCUGGUACUCAUGGUCCUGUGUUUUCCUUCGGCCAGCAUGUGUCCCAGAGGCUGCAACUGUCAGCGCGACCUCCACCUCCAUGGGCUCAAUGUCAGCUGCAGUCAGUCCCGGCUCAAAGAGAUCCCUCCCAGCCUGCCGGUGGACACGGUCUUGUUGAGGCUGGACCACAACCAGAUAGACAGUGUUCCCGAUCAGGCUUUCCACGGACUUUGGCUUUUAAGAGAGCUCAACCUUUCCUACAAUACCGUGGAGACGCUCGGAGACGGCGCGUUCAGCGGCAUAGAGGCAACGCUCCAAGUGCUGGACCUGUCCCAUAACCGCAUCACCAGUGUGCACAGGGAGGCCUUUUCCCGCCUCAAGGCUCGCGUUAUCAUGGACGAUAAUCCCUGGCACUGCGACUGCGCCCUCCAGCAGGCCAUCGGCGGGAUGGCCCACAACCACGAAUCCACCACUCGGGUUCUGUGCAGGAGCUCUGAGCUUCGGGACCAGGAGGGACGGCCCUUCCUGGCAGUGGCUGGCGAUCUCUGCAACGUCACCAAAAGGACAACGGACUACGCCAUGCUGGUGACCAUGUUCUGUUGGUUCGCCAUGGUCAUUUCAUACGUGGUCUAUUACGUUCGUCAGAACCAGGAGGAUGCCAGGCGACACCUGGAGUACCUCAAGUCUCUUCCCAGCAAGCCCAAGAAAGCAGAAGAGGCUGACGACAUAAGCACUGUGGUCUGAGGGUGAGCCUCCAACUGUCCCGUGAAGAUAAAAGGCUUAUUUCUGGAAAUCUCGCUGGUGUAAUCGUCUUACUUGUCUUCGUGGUCUUGAAUUUCACACCCGGCUUCAACAUUUACAGUCCGGCUUAAGAAACCGAAUGAGGGUCUAACGACACGUUAAGAUUUGUAAUCUUUUCCGAAUGGUUGGACUAAAACCUUGAACACUCAAGCUGUCUUCAGCCAUUUUACAAAAUCCGAAAGCAGUGAAGUUGUCACGUUGUGUAAAUGGUAAAUAAAAAGAGAAUACAACAAAUCCUUUUCAGCUUAUAUUCAAUUGAAUAGACUGCAAAGACAAGAUAUUUAACGUUCACACUGAGAAACUUCUUUUGUUUUUUGCAAAUAAUCAUGAACUUAGAAUUUAAUGGCAGCAACACAUUGCAAAAAAUGCAUGUUCACAUGGCCUUUCCUUUUAACAACACUCAGUAAAGGGUUGGGAACUGAGGAGACACAUUUUUGAAGUGGAAUUCUUUCCCGUUCUUGCUUGAUGUACAGCUUAAGUUGUUCAACAGUCCGGGGGUCUCCGUUGUGGUAUUUUAGGCUUCAUAAUGCGCCACACAUUUUCAUUGGGAGACAGGUCUGGACUACAGGUAGGCCAGUCUAGUACCUGCACUCUUUUACUACGAAGCCACGCUGUUGUAACAUGUGGCUUGGCAUUGUCUUGCUGAAAUAAGCAGGGGCGUCCAUGAUAACGUCAGCAUUAAUGGCGCCUUCACAGAUGUGUAAGUUACCCAUGUCUUGGGCACUAAUACACCCCCAUACCAUCACACAUGCUGGCUUUUCCACUUUGCGCCUAGAACAGUCCGGAUGGUUCUUUUCCUCUUUGGUCCGGAGGACACGACGUCCUCAGUUUCCAAAAACAAUUUGAAAUGUGGACUCGUCAGACCGCAGAACACUUUUCCGUUUUGCAUCAGUCCAUCGGCGGCGUUUCUGGGUGUUGUUGAUAAAUGACUUUGGCUUUGCAUAGUAGAGUUUUAACUCGCACUUACAGAUGUAGCGACCAACUGUAGUUACUAGAGAUGCGCGGAUAGGCAAUUAUUUCAUCCGCAACCGCAUCAGAAAGUCGUCAACCAUCCGCCAUCCACCCGACCUAACAUUUGAUCAGAACCGCACCCGCCCGUUGUUAUAUAUCUAAUAUAGACGAUGCAAGGCAUUAGUGAGGUUAUAAAGCUUUUGCCUGUUAAAGAAAGGAGACUGAUCCAAUGCAGCACAGACAUUCGCGUGCCACGCCGUCACGACCCAGACGCACACCAGUGCGCAAUCAUAUGGGAGCCGCGCUGAGCGCACCUCCAAGCGCGUCUCGCUGCCGGCGACGGCCGGGUAUGGGCCCGACGCUCCAGCGCCAUCCAUUUUCAGGGCUAGUUGAUUCGGCAGGUGGGUUGUUACACACUCCUUAGCGGGUUCCGACUUCCAUGGCCACCGU